AAACAACCGUCACUUUUGAUUGGCUGAAGAAAUGCGCUUUGAACCGGAAGCCGGAACUGUCAGCGCAGCCGGUGAGGUGGCAGCUGGAUUUGCAACAUGAUCGGGGAUCUGUUACUUUUCGGGACAUUACUAGUGAAUGCGGGAGCUGUUCUGAACUUCAAACUCAAGAAAAAGGAGUCCCAGGGGUUUGGCGAUGAUCCUGCAGAAGCCACUACAGGUGACAAUAUCCGUGAGUUUCUCCUCAGUCUUCGGUACUUCCGAAUCUUCAUCGCUCUCUGGAAUAUUUUCAUGAUGUUUUGUAUGAUCGUGUUAUUUGGAUCUUGAAUUUGUUCAUUCUUCAUUCUCUGGAUGUUUUGAAACUGGGCCACGGCGAUCAAGCACCCCUCAGCCUCCUCUUCAGAUUCUUCUCUCCCAGUUUCUGAAUCUCCAACAUGUCUGUAGAUAUCAGCUUUAUAUGUGCUUGUAUAUAAGGGAUACUGCUAUGAACUGAAUACCUCGGCCUUGAACUACCCUAUUUUAUUUUAAAACAAAGCUUACCGUCAAAAUGCACAGCUUGAGCAUAGUUGGCUAAAUGUGGGUUUGGCUGUAUUUGGACAACUCCUAUUACAUCUUUGCUGCUGGGAUUUUGGCCAGGAACAGCAGAAUGGAGACCCUUAUGUUAAAUGCAAAACUUUACUGUAAUAUAAUAAUGGUUAGAAACGUUAACAUGUGGAGAAGCGUUUUUAUGCUACCUAGAACCUUUCUGUUUCUGUAACUUUGUUGACCUUCCCACUGUGGGAACCCCUAUCAACUAUAGAGCAUUUUAUAUUAUGUUGUCAUGGUUAGAGUUGAGUGUAGUAGAACACUAUGGUUGAUUGCUGUGUACUUACAAAAUGUUAUACCAAUUAUCAAGAGACCCUUAAGCCCUUAUUAUGACCCUGGAAGAGCUGUUGCACAGGUGCUGAGACUUUUUCCACUGGGGAUCAAUGAACCAUGUUAUCAAUAAACUUGCAAUCCA